AUGGAGGCCGAAGACGACGUUCAUGUCGACCAUGUUCCGUGCCCGCUCUCAGCUGCUAUCAAUUCCGAGCUUCAGCUCCUCAGGAAGCGACAUCGUGGGCAGCCAGAAUGCUACCGGCUCUCAACAGCUCGACUUGCCAUGGCCCCACGCGAGCCGACGACAACACUCGUUCACUUCUGGUUCCGCACCCGUUACGUCUCUGCGUCUGCUUGUCAGAUUUCCCACCUGCAUUCCCAUGUCCUAGGACUCCGGAUCUGCCCGUCGACGAUGGCUCGCUUCUUCACAUCCGCUUCCCAGCUCCUCCCCGCUUUUAUCCGGUCUUGGGUCCAAGCUAUUUUUCCGGAGUGGUUUCUUCCCGACCGUGCUGUACUCAAGAUACAAAAACCCGGCGAAGACCAAGAAAUCAUGGAUGAAUAUUUUGACACCGAAAUCAAGGCGUAUCGGUGGCUCAAGCCGCUACAGGGUGUUAUUAUACCCAAGUUUUACGGCCUGCUGCGCUACAACGGAACAAGGGCUAUGUUGCUCGAGUACUUGAGGGGCGUCUCGCUAUAUUCUCCGGAGGCCGGAACUAUGACCUUGGAGGAGCUGUCAAGUUUGCUACAGCCAUGUUACCGAGCAAUCGAUGCCUUUGGUGUGCAUCAGGAUGACGCCAACUUGUUAAACUUUCAACUUGUGGAAGGUAAAAUAAAGGUGCUGGAUCUUGAGAGCGUCGUGUUUCUUUACUCCGCGGAUCAAAGAGAAUUUUUCAUAGUGUCGAGUAUUCACCACCUAGCCAGCCAGUAUCUGUCGAUGCGGGCACAUUAUUCGUUUCCGCAUCGGCGUUAUUUGGAAGCAGCGGCUUGA